AUGCCAAUGACAGAUCAAAUGCCCUCACCACCAAGUAUAGAAAUUUCUGAUUCGCAGUACCAGAAGCUUGGAUUGCAGUGUAUCUCGCCAGGGAUAGCGACUGCUAAUUUGGAUGACGAACGGUUGCAAACGUUUAACAAAUCGAAGUACAUUGCGAUGCAGCAGAAGAGACAGAUCAGGCGUAUGAAUUUGGAUUCUGUAACGAUAAAUGAGGAUGAGCAUGAACACGAGCAUGAGCAAGAAAACGAGCAAGACGAAGAGCAAGAUGACGAGAAAGAACACGAAAAAGAACAUGAACAGGAUGAAGACCAAGAACAAGAACAAGAUGAUGAAAACACGAAACUUGCUGAGAAAGCUGGUACCAGCAUCAAAAAUAAUAAUAAUAUUACAGCCUCAGACCUGGAAACUGACAAAUCAUCCUCAAGUAAUUCGAUAGAUGGUACCACCACUCCUGGUACCGAGACUUCAAUCAACACUUCCAAGAGUCAAUCCAAAUCAUUGAAAAGAAAUAACAUACCAAAACCACUUACGUUAAAAUCAAAGCAAAAUACACCUAAUGGAUCAUUACCCAAUAUAAGGUCAGCUCCACCGAUGGUAACAAGACAUCCAAUUCCAAGUUCACAUACAUUCUCACAAAGAACCAGCAGAGUGUCGAAACCAAGAGUCAUUUAUAAAGGCCGGUCUUUGACCAGAAACUUAGCGGGCCAAAUUCCGAUGUUUCAAACUUCGUCACCCAUCGUGCCGCGUCCCCUGAUGAGACAUCAAUAUGCGCCAAUGACAGCUUACCCUACAACCACCGCACCACCUCACACCCAACGUAGUUUCGAACAAUUCGUGUCGAACCCUAUCAGAGCCACUAAUUCAGUGACAAGGGACGUUUUCAAGGAUGAAACUACAAGAAUUGCUCCAUUAAGCGUACAACCUAAAUCCACCAAGAGAGAAUUCUUUGAUGCCAUUGAAAUCGAAGACCAUAGCAACAACGUCGUCAUAGAAGGCGAUAUACAACUGAUGAUGGAAAAUUUCCAAUUCCAUUUCGAUUCAACGGACCCUCAAAUGGAUAAGAAGCUCUUCCUCAGCAUUUGUUCCAAAAUAUGGGACGAUGUAGUAAGCAGGGAAUAG